AUGCGACGCAAGGUCACCCUGGAGAGCGCCACGUAUUCCCAGCUGGCUGGCCACGCGCCGCUCCCGAGACGGUCGUCGUCGCCGAUCCCAGACAUGACUGCGAUUCGCAACAUCGUCGACGACGAGUGGCGGCAGUUCCUCAACAUCGACCGCAACCAAGUCGGCCUCGUGUUUCGAGCUAUGUACUUUGAGGCGGUCGCCGUCUUGGGCUACCGGCCCACAAAGUCGUCGCGCUGCGACCCGAGCCUCCCCGAGUCUCGCACCAACAACCCGCAUUCGGACAUGAUGACGUGUGCGAGCGGGCUCUUCAUGCUAGUAUGCUGCGACGGGUCCCCCGACUCGCCCGAGCUCAGGAAGGUCGCCAACAUCCUCUUGGCCCACGCGCCGAGGCUUCGCGACACGGCGAUCGUUCCCGGCGUCGACCGUAAAACGAGUUGA